AUGGCCUACCUUUUCCGAAAACUUUUUGGAGACUCUCCGAUUCCGCCCCCAACACACAUCAACCUCGCUGUAUCAGUCUCAUCAACUACGCUCCACAAAUAUGGUGCUAACACUGAAUUCCAACUCACCCUUGGAGCGACUCUUCCUGACACCCCAAGCACACCCAACAAGCCCCUUACCAUCCUUGUAUUUGACUCACUCCUGGGCCGUAGCGGCAAUACCCUCUAUGAGGACGGCCUUGACUUUAUCGACAUCGACACAGGCGUUCCGGCGAAGCGGACAGCCAUGAUAUUUGAGUAUAGCUUUGGCGGGAGGUCUGAUAUCCCCGUUGAACCUCAGUAUGAGUAUUAUUUCGUCACCCUUCACCCCGGCGUGCCUCACCGUGUGACGCGUACCUUAAUGCCUUGUCCCAGGAUCCGGCGAGACAAGGCAGAUAAACCUAAGCGGGUUGAAAAUUCGCUGGGGGAGAGAGUUGUAACUGCUGAGGAUGAGGACAUAGUUGCUUCGAUUUUUUCUCAUGUCACAAAUAUGGAGGUGGGGUCAACGUACAGUGUUGAGCUCGGGAAUAAGAUGAACAAGAUAUGGUGGUAUCGGUAUGGAACGAAGGAGGAGGUACUGGGGGAGCAGGGAGCUGGAGGUGGUCCCGCGAAACGACGGCGCGAGCUAGUGGGCGACUGUGAGAUGGAGCCAAUCCCUCUUAUAUUGCAGGGUUCUGCUAGUUUCACUGUCGUAGAGUAA